AUGCAUAUGAAUGCCGCGUAGGUGUGACAACCAAGCAAGUGCCGCCAACGCAAAGGUUGCGCGACACUGCAACAUUAACAGGGUAGCAUCUCCAAAACUGUUCUGAGAAAACGCGGUAUGGAUAUUAGCGAUGAUAAGCAAAUCGUGACUUGGUAUAUAGCUACAUUGCAAGGUUUGAUCCUCCCCACAUUUUUAUUCAUAUUCCGUCGUAACGAUCGCCAAUUUACAGCUCCUCUCUCAUUGUGCCUCCGUCCUACGCAGAUGUCUGCUUGAUUCAGUCAAUUGUGCCCCAGUGGUGCUAUGCCAGGAGCGAGAUUGCCGCUUAUAGAGUUAACCCCGUCGCUAAUGAGCCUUUUCUACCAAGGAGGCAGCCUAUCCUAGCAACGGAGGGGUUGGCAUAGCAACGGAGGGGUUGGCAUAGCAACCCGACGGAGUCUCCGUGGCCCGAGGCGCGGCUUGGUGACCUCUGUGGGAUGGAUGGGUGGGCGCGCGCUGCCUGUACACCGGCGGCUCUCGGGGAGUGACACGCGCGGUGGCCGCUCGAUCCGUUCUAACACGGGGGGGAAGAGAGAGAGAGAAACAGAGGCACAUUUCUUCCCUUCGUCGGUAACGGUACCAAGAUGUCCGCUGGUUUGCAGGGUUUGUGAGUACGUAGACGUUUGCGGCGCGAUCGGCGGCCUCGCCACGGCGGAUGAAUGAGCACGGCGCCGAACGUGCUGCGCUUCGGGCGGAAGAACAGCGUCCAACCCCGGCCAACCUCCGCGGCCUUCGAACCCCGUGAUUCACCCGAGCCAGUCACAGGCAAGAAAAUCAAGGAUCUGCACGAGUUUAACGUGCAGAUAGCAGUCUACCGGGACCUGCUGACUCACAUCGGCGGGAGGCGGGACACACCGGGCCUGCGGGCGGAGAUCAGGAAGACUCGCCUCCGAUGCAUGGAGCUGUCCUGCGCGCAGAGGCUGAGACUUGAACCCCUUACACAAACACUUAAUGUGGACCAAAUGGAGGAGCUCCAGACCCGUGUACAUAACGUGUGCUGUGCCCUGGAACUCUUCAUCAGGGAGCUACAGAAGUCUUACCGGCUCACAUCCGCCUUUGAACCACGCGAGAAAAGAAGAAAGUCUCGCAGCGCGUCCAAAACGGACGAUCCAGGUGCAGACAGGUGGUCCCAGGCCUCCUGGGCGUCGCAGCUGUCCAAUGUACUGGCCAGGCGAGCCUCUCAGGUGUCUGUGGUAGGCAGACAUCGCCUGUCGCAAGCGUCCAUCGGGAACACUCUGCAGACAAACGGGUGUUCUGUGGGGGGGUCGCCACAGGACGGACCAGGGGAGCUGCACCCGUGGAUGUCGGCCGUGGAGAGGAAGAAACACGGCAAAACGGAGGAGCUGGCAGCAAUACUAGGAGACAUUGUGUCGUCACAAACAACCCUCCGUGAGUUGUAUGAAGUCAUACCAGCUGCUCAGGAAUCAGCUCUGGAGGACCUACUCGAAGAAACGAAGAGGAAAAUGCCGAGAUGUUUCUCCUUAGGGAUGUGCUGCUUUCGACCGGCAAUUGUGAUGUAGUACAGAUCAACAGUACAACUGCUAAAGUAUGGCCAUACAAAUUUGAUUUGUUGGUUCUCAGAUUUUUUCAGAAAAAAUAUGAAGUGACAGGGCAAAUAAAAACAGAUCUAGGCA